AUGGAACAAGACGACGUCGGCGAGCAUGGUCGAGCGCAAUUAGGGAUAGGAGAUGUGGACGCAACACGGAUUGUUUGGCUCAAACAAUUCAAAACCUUUGAGGACAAGUCCCGUGCCAUUAGGUUUGAUACUGGUGUUGACAGAAAACUUUCUAAGAUGAUCAUGAAGUGGCGCCGUCCUGGGCAGAUGAUAGUUGUUGGGAAACCCGAGUAUAAAACAAUAAUAGAAAGGAGCUUGGGUAUACCCUGCCUUUUUGAUGAAAUUGUGAUGGAGGUAAUGUGGGGUGUGAAGAAUAUCAUGCAUAGUUUAGUGCCUGAAGAAAAAUCAGAACUUACUUGGGAGGACCGCCUCCCCAUGAGCCAAGGACUAAAAAUGUUCUUGACUCGCAAAGGCUUUGAUGUCAAACCAGAGAUGGUUAAUGAGCGCAUUGUUUUGUCAGCAUGUGCCUUGUAUGAUUGCGAUUUUAUUGAGAAGAAACAUUACACAUCUUUGAAACGUGCUGGUGAGGACCUUAAGGAUGUGUCUGGCAUUAACGCCCAGGAUUGGAGCUUACUGAAACUUGCAACAGCUCUGAUGAUUAUAUGUUUUUCUGAAGAAGAAGUUCUAGUUGGUGAUCCGAAAGAGGUAAAUCGUAAUAUCUAGUAAAUUGUUUGUACCAACAUAUAUUUUUUGGAAACUUGUCACUCGUGUUAACUAUCAGGAGUGUUUUUUUUUCAGAUGUUUACAGUUGACGAGCUGUCGAAGUUCCAGGAUGACUCACAGAAAUACAAUGACAAGAUCUCAAAGUACCCAUGCUGGAGAAUCUACGAAGAAAUAGUGUGUGCCUAUGAAGCAAGAGCAGCAAAUAAAAUACUAUUGGCCUCCUUGGUUAAGGAGGCUACAGAAGCACAUGAAGAAGCUCAUAAGACUACCUGAAACCGCUCUUGAGGUUAUAUGUCAUUGUAGGUUGGAAACUGUAAGCAUGUUGGAUAAAUAGUACUCCCUCCGUAAAGAAAUAUAAGAGCAAUGAUGCAGACCAAUUCUUUACGGAGUGAGUAUAAUGUUUCUUCUAUCCUUGAUGCAGAUAAGUGCAUUGGUCUUAUUAUAAUAGAUGAGCGCACUGGAAGUCACUCUCAUGAGAUGAGCACUUUAGUCGGUAUUCUAAAUCUGAUGAACAGGUCACGACACUUUUACGAGCAAGCAGGUCAUGCUCCAUUUUAUGAGCAAGGUCACACGCCGGUUCGAGUUUUUUUUAGAAAUACCGUAAUAUUCAGGUUUGAGAUUUUUUUAUGUCACAUUUGAGAUGUUUAGGUGUCUUGUUGACUAUGUUUUUAAUUUGAAAGACCCUAGCUAAUUAUUUGGAGUUGGUUUUUUAGACCCUAGGUCAAUAAGGAUUACCCUAGUGAUCUCCAAUGUAACUUCCUCAAUAUUUGUGUUGGAUGAUUUUGUACACCCUCAAUAAGUACCCUAGUAAUUUAUUUCUCUUCAUUUCUCUCUACAUAUGCUUACCAUUGUGUCAAAUUACAAAGGUGAUAUCAUUUCAAAUUCAUGUUUUCCAAGCUCAAAAUUUGAAGAUGAAUUCAAAAUGGAACAUGAAAUAUAGUUCACCAAAACAAGAAGAUCAAACAUAGAGCAUCACUCAUCACGCUCUCUCGUAUCCCACCCAUACCCCUUCUAUCCUUGCCGCUAAAAUUUAUACUUUCAUGACUUUCAUCAACUCAAGAUACUCGAGUUAGCAUGCAUCAAAGCUAACAUGGUUCAUGAAUAUGAUAUCAUGUCCUUGCUCCAUCUUCGAAUUCACUUCUUCCGCAAGGGCUCUCAGUUUUCCUUCUUCAAUUGCCGCAUUGCGCUCCUCCAUUGCCCCUUUUCUAUAUCUCCAACUCUAUUUUUGUUGCUAUUAUCUCUUCGACCUUGUCUUGAACACAACCACACACCCUCCAUUCUUUUGCUUAUCUUUCUCGAUCACAUCCCGGUGGCCACCAUCGACUAGAAGCAGACUUGGGGACUUCAACAUCAUCACCGACAUCAUCAUUAUUGUCAACUUCUGGAGCCGAUGAUGGUGUAGCUUUCUUCUUAUGUUGGAAUGUUCCAUUGUUCCUAUCUUUCCAUUUCUCAUUGUUUUGGAGCAACACCCAACAUGGAUCAUGCCAAACGACAUGCCUUUUGGCUCCAUCUGUUUGUACAACUCGUUCGUGUAGUUGAGUUGUCAAUGAUUCAUUAGAAGUUAGGUUAAACAUUUCAUAGGAAAAAAUGUAGAGGGAAAGUUUAAGAAAGAAAAUAGUCACUAGGAUUUGAACUCCUGAUUAACAACAUACCCUAGUCCUGGCAUUUCCUUGGUGUGACCUUGAAAUAUACCUUCUGUGAUUGAUAACUAGUUCCUAAGCCCAUGAAAGAGAAGAAAUCCGGUUUCAUCCUUCUGAUUGAACAAUUUACUGAUGAGGGUACUUGUCAUGGCCGGUGUCUUGGGGGUCAUCUGUGCUGGGUGCAUUGACUUGGAAUUUCCACGGUUAUUUUCUGACGUGGUGUGCUUCCUGCAUGUUCUGACUGUGAUCUUCUUUGUUAUUGUUGACACCUCUAGGUGUU